AGCCAGCGGUGACGUUUCAUGACACCCUCGCCGCCCCAACAGUGCAUUCUGGGUCCAACCCAAGAUGGCUGCGCCCUUGCAGAAGUGCUGAAAAAGUGCCUCCUCGGAGAGAUUGUCGGGAUUGUGUGUGAUUUCCACGAAAAACAUCGCACCAAAUCAGCUACCAGGGUCGCUGGUUUGCAGGAGAGGACCAUACGACUUAAGUCAUCGAUAAGUGUAGCCGGCGCUUCGUGUGGCUGUGGCAGACUGUCCGUGUGAAGAUGGGCCUCGUCUCCAGCCCCUUCCCAUAGCGAAGAGCCGUGGGGAGAGGAGCCGCAGAUUCCCUUGCAAACACGUACCCGUCCAACUUGGAUUUGACGGGUUUGACAUACUAUACAGGCUGUGGACGUUGCCCUACAAUUUUCUGACCAGGAUUGUUUGUGCGACAGUAUCUGUCAUCGUCCGGAGACGGAGAGGUUCCUCAGCCCGGGUUGAUAAUCCCACCGCACCAAGGGCCCUCAUGAAAAUGGACUCGGACUUGCUUCAUUCGCCAGCCGUGGGCCUCGCAGAGGAAGAGGAGGCCGACAUGAAUGACUGGAAGCUUCCCCUGGCCUUCAUGAAGAAACGGCACUCAGAAAAGAUUGAGGGCUCCAAGGCCUUAGCACAGAGCUGGAGGAUGAAGGACAGGAUGAAGACGGUGAGUGUAGCGCUGGUGUUGUGUCUCAAUGUGGGAGUGGACCCUCCAGAUGUGGUCAAGACCUCCCCCUGUGCCAGACUGGAGUGCUGGAUAGAUCCUCUGUCGAUGAGCCCACAGAAAGCCCUGGAGACCAUUGGGGCCAACCUGCAGAAGCAGUAUGAAAACUGGCAACCCAGGGCGCGUUACAAGCAGAGUCUGGACCCCACAGUGGACGAGGUGAAGAAGCUGUGCACGUCACUCAGGCGUAAUGCCAAAGAGGAGCGAGUCCUCUUCCACUACAAUGGCCACGGUGUCCCACGACCCACAGUCAACGGAGAGAUCUGGGUCUUCAACAAGAACUACACCCAGUACAUCCCGCUGUCCAUCUACGACCUUCAGACAUGGAUGGGGAGCCCGUCCAUUUUUGUCUACGACUGCUCCAAUGCAGGAAUCAUCGUCAAGUCCUUUAAACAGUUUGCCCUGCAGAGAGAGCAGGAGUUGGAGGUGGCAGCCAUCAAUCCCAGUCAUCCACUUGCACAGAUGCCCCUACCGCCCUCCAUGAAGAACUGCAUCCAGCUGGCUGCCUGCGAGGCCAGCGAGCUGCUUCCCAUGAACCCCGACCUUCCAGCUGACCUGUUUACCUCCUGCCUCACCACGCCCAUCAAGAUCGCCCUGCGAUGGUUUUGCAUGCAGAAGAGUGCCAAGUUGGUGCCGGGGGUGACGUUAGACCUCAUUGAGAAGAUCCCUGGCAGGCUCAACGACAGACGCACUCCCCUCGGAGAGCUCAACUGGAUCUUCACGGCCAUCACCGACACCAUCGCGUGGAAUGUGCUGCCUAGAGAUUUGUUCCAGAAGUUGUUUCGUCAGGACCUGCUGGUGGCCAGCUUGUUCCGCAAUUUCCUGUUAGCAGAAAGGAUAAUGAGGUCGUACAACUGCACACCGGUCAGCAGUCCACGUCUGCCCCCGACAUACAUGCACGCCAUGUGGCAAGCAUGGGACCUGGCUGUGGACAUCUGCCUCUCUCAGCUGCCCACUAUCAUUGAGGAGGGCACCGCCUUCAGGCACAGUCCUUUCUUCGCUGAACAGUUGACGGCGUUUCAGGUGUGGUUGACGAUGGGUGUGGAGAACAGGAACCCCCCUGAGCAGCUCCCGAUUGUACUGCAGGUCCUCCUCAGUCAGGUGCAUCGCCUGCGAGCUCUAGACCUGCUUGGACGUUUUCUGGAUCUGGGUCCCUGGGCCGUCAGUCUGGCCCUGUCUGUGGGGAUCUUCCCUUACGUGUUAAAGCUGCUCCAGAGCUCGGCCAGAGAGCUGCGGCCGCUGCUGGUUUUCAUCUGGGCUAAAAUCCUCGCUGUGGACAGCUCAUGUCAAGCUGACCUGGUGAAAGACAACGGACACAAGUACUUCCUGUCUGUGCUGGCUGACAGUUACAUGCCAGCCGAGCAUCGAACCAUGGCUGUGUUCAUAUUGGCUGUUAUUGUCAACAGCUACAACACAGGGCAGGAGGCCUGUCUGCAGGGCAACCUAAUAGCCAACUGCCUGGAGCAGCUGUCAGACCCCCACCCCUUGCUCCGCCAAUGGGUAGCCAUUUGCCUGGGCCGCAUUUGGCAGAACUUUGACCCAGCCCGGUGGUGCGGAGUUCGGGACAGCGCCCACGAGAAGCUCUACACCCUGCUGUCGGAUCCCAUUCCCGAGGUGAGAUGUGCGGCUGUUUUUGCUCUGGGGACGUUUGUGGGAAACUCUGCUGAGAGGACGGACCACUCCACCACCAUCGACCACAACGUGGCCAUGAUGCUGGCCCAGCUCAUCAACGAUGGCAGCCCUGUGGUCCGCAAGGAGCUGGUUGUAGCACUGAGUCACCUGGUGGUCCAGUAUGAGAGCAACUUCUGUACAGUUGCUCUCCAGUUCAUAGAAGAAGAGAAGAACUAUACAGUACCUUCACCAGCCAACACCGCAGAGCCUGGUAACCUGACUCCAGUGAGGGACAGCCCGGCCAUCCCACGCCUGCGAUCAGUCAACUCCUACACCAACAUCAGAGCUGCCACCACUGCCCGCAACCUGAACAAGAGCCUGCAGAACCUCAACCUCAAUGAAGAGGGUGGACCAGCAGCCUUCUCUCCUGGGAACCUGAGCACCAGCAGCAGUGCCAGCAGCACCCUGGGGAGCCCCGACAAUGACGAGUACAUUCUCUCCUUCGAGACCAUCGACAAAAUGCGACGGGUGUCCUCCUAUUCUUCCCUCAAUUCCCUCAUAGGUGUGUCCUUCAACAGUGUGUACACUCAGAUAUGGAGGGUGCUGCUCCAUCUCGCUGCUGACCCUUUUCCUGAAGUGUCUGAUCUGGCCAUGAAGGUCCUCAACAGCAUUGCUUACAAGGCGACGAUGAAUGCUCGACCUCAGAGGAUCCUGGACUCCGGAUCUCUCACCCAGUCGGCCCCAGCUAGCCCCACCAGCAAGGGAACACACAUCCACCAGGCUGGUGGCUCUCCUCCCAUGCCCAGCACCAGCAGCUCCAGUCUGACCAACGAGGUGCCCAAACCCCCAUCCAGAGAGCAGCCGGCCACAAGGCCUCCCUACACCCCCACACUGGGAGGACAGGCACCUCACUCCCACCAGUUCCCCCGCACGCGCAAGAUGUUUGACAAGGGACCCGAGCAGGCAGCUGAGGACGGAGACGAGCCGGGUGCUCACAGGAACUACAUCAGCCCCGCCCUCCAGACGGGCUUGUGUGAUUGGAGUGCCAAGUAUUUCGCUCAGCCUGUCAUGAAGAUCCCAGAGGAGCAUGACCUGGAGAGUCAGGUCAGGAUGGAGAGGCAGUGGAGGUUCCUGAGAAACGCUCGCGUGAGAAGGCAGAGCCGAAGCAUCACGCAAAGAGGUGUUUCCCGUCUGGAUGAUCAAAUAUUCAUCAACCGAAACCCUGGAGUACCGUCUGUUGUGAAGUUCCACCCCUUCAACACCUGCAUUGCUGUGGCCGACAAAGACAGCAUCUGUUUCUGGGACUGGGAGAAGGGCGAGCGGCUGGACUACUUCUACAAUGGAAACCCUCGUUACACUCGCAUCACUGCCAUGGAGUACCUGAACGGACAUGACUGUUCAUUACUGCUCACUGCAACAGACGACGGAGCGCUACGUAUCUGGAAGAACUUUGCCGACCAGAAGAACCCGGAGAUGGUGACGGCGUGGCAGGGCCUUUCCGACAUGCUACCCACUACCAGAGGUCAGCCCCCCACCAGCGCUCACAGUCUGGCCAGAAGGGUCUCCAUCUAUCUUGACAGGAGUAAACAAGGAGGUGCAGGCAUGGUUGUGGACUGGGAGCAGGAGACGGGCCUCCUCAUGACGUCCGGAGAUGUCCGAGUCAUCAGGAUCUGGGACACUGACAGGGAGAUGAAGGUCCAGGACAUCCCGACAGGAGCAGACAGCUGUGUGACCAGCCUUUCCUGUGAUUCCCAGCGUUCGCUCAUUGUUGCCGGUCUGGGUGACGGAUCUGUACGAGUAUUUGACAGGAGGAUGGGUCCGAAUGAAUGUCGGGUGAUGACCUACAGGGAGCAUGGAGCCUGGGUGGUCAAAGCUCAUCUGCAGAAGGAGACAGAUGGACAUAUUAUCAGCGUCAGUGUUAAUGGAGACAUUCGAUUCUUUGAACCACGGACCCCGGACUCUAUCAAUGUGCUGCAGACAGUGAAGGGGUUAACAGCCCUGGAUAUCCACCCACAGGCCAACCUGUUUGCCUGUGGAUCGAUGAACCAGUUCAUAGCUGUCUACAAUGCUAACGGUGAUGUGAUCAGUAACAUUAAAUACUAUGACGGCUUUAUGGGACAAAGGAUUGGGGCUAUCAGCUGUUUAGCCUUCCAUCCUUACUGGCCACACUUGGCAGUGGGCAGCAAUGAUUACUACAUGUCCAUCUAUUCAGCAGAGAAGAGGCUUAGAUAACACACCAGCAUUCACCACCUCCCCACCUUCCCAACAAAACCACCGCCACCAUAUGACUUCUGACCCUGAGCCUCAAGCCCCGGGAUGUAAAUGACGAAUUUUUGUUGUACAUAUGCAAUUACCACCCUGAAUGUUCUAGUGAAGGCUGCUCACAAAAACUCAUGCUAUGAACGACUACAUAUACAUAUAUAUAUACAUAUAUGUAUAUGUAUAUACACAUAAUAAUUAUUAUUCUUAUUGUUUAUUCAUAUUCUUAUUAUGAAGCUAAUGAUUGUAGACUUGGCUGUGCUAAGGAGUGUGUAUAUUUAAAUAGCGUAUACAGAAGAAUAGAGGUUCUAUUUUAAAGAAGUGGUACCCCCUGAUCUCUGGGGCUCCUCCUCGCCGCACAGUGAGCAUCACUACCUGAACUAACUGUGACCCCAGUGAACCUAGAAGUGGCGAGAGAGGUUGGUGGGGUCGCCCAGAGGACAUCACUCACUGCUGAAACACAUUCACUGGUACAGAAAAGACAGGCUCGCCGUCCACUGGACCCUGGCGUGUUUAUAAAUUAAUUUUGAUUGCCGUCUCACAGCCAAAGGACAGAGAGUUUUGCUACUUUGCUGCACCACUUGGCAGGACACUUGUAAGGAUGGACCCAGAGAUGGUGGACUUGUGCUGAUUCUUGCCUGACAUGUCAACCGGACAGAUGUGAUGAGCGUUUGUUCACGCGUGCGUGUGUGUUUAACUGCAUUAUAGCACAGAUGUGCCCCACAGUGGGACUUCUUAGCCUUGGACUUAAAUGAUGCCCAAAAAAGAUGCCUGCUCCCAUGCUAGAACUCCCCUUCUUGCUUCCUGACCCCAGUGUGCCAAACAUAAUCAUGUUUUCCACAUGCAAGCCCUUUUGUUGUGGCUCAGAGGAGCAUUUUUUGUUUUUUUAACUUAUUGCCAGGGAAAAGGGAAAACCUCUAUUACCCCUAGAAUGAGAUAAACCUUUACAUCUAGCACAAUGAAAGGACAGCUGGAUUGGUAACAGUUAAGCACCCAGUCCUACAGGUAUCCUGCCUAUAUGCCCUGCAAAGCAAUAAAAUCCUCCAGUGAUUUAACCUCAAGCUCCUCUUUAGCAUUUCCAAUAGCGGCGUUGCAUCCUCUUGAUAGUCUAAGGAAGUUAUUCCUGCCCAGAAUCUGAUCUGCAGCACCCAGUGGUGCCUCAGUAUAGCAAUACAAACACACCCAUUUUAAUUCACAGAAGUGUAAUUUAUUCUUUUUAUGUACUUUGAGUACCAGAUGGGUGCGUUUUGUCCCAUCCACUCACACCAGUGGCAGGAAAGACAUCAAUUAAAUUGAUUUCCCUGUGAUUGUCUAAAUCUUCGGUCUAAAUCUUCCACAUGUCACUUCAAAACAUACCCAAAGAAGUCUCUCAGAUACAUUUUUGACCUGUCUCAGUUGAGUGCACUGGUCCCCAAAACACAUCUUUUGUUUGUUUUUGGCUUUGUGUGCCAGUUCAUCUUUUUCUGGCUUCUAGAAAACAUAAAUAGAAGUUGACUUCUGUUGCUUAUCUGACCGCAGUGAGGCAUAGCUUUCUUAUUUCCAAAUAGUCAAGACACCCUUUGACCAUGAGCACUGUAAGUUUAGAGAACUUUUCAUCAUGGUAUUUUUCACACUGGGGAUCACCCGCUGCCUCACAGUUUGGACCAUGUUUCAUUCUGAUAAAACCUUUUGCAAGGUUUCUUUUCCCCCUCAUUUUUGAGCUUUUAUUUUAAUUUUAUGGACAGACAUGUUUGGUUUGAUUUUGUUUAGCUUAGUGAGGCAUAAAGUGAGUUGCAUGUUAAUGGGUGGCAUCAGAGCUGUACAUGCUCACUGUGUUAAGUGUUAGUCAGCAUCCUAAAUCUCGCUCAGGUACUUCAUGAGCCACCUCAAACCAAGGUCAGUCAGCUGCCCGCUUUGCCAGUGUCUGCAGCAUGACGGACAGGUGUGGUCAGUCACAUGACCUUGUGCACGUUCUCUCCAGAGAUUAUGGAAAUUGUUGACAUAAUUAUCAUUGUGGUGCUGUUUUGGGAAAGACACUUAACAAGAAGGGGUCCUUUUCUUUUUUUCUCUUUUGCGCAGUAUUACCAUGGACACGCCUCUUCUGUGGGGCUGCAGCUUUGCUUAUUUAGCUUUUUAAAAAAAUUUUUUUUUUCCUCCUCAAGUUUUGUAAUUUUAUGUUUUUAACUCUGCUGGCAUUUUGUUUGCCUUAGCCUUGGUGAGGUGGAGGGAAAAAUUGGGGACAGCCUUACCUUCUCACACACACACACACACACAUUGUUCCAUGUCCCCUUCAUUGCCAACGUACCCCAUCAGCUGCCCCCUCCUUUCUUUCCUACCACACUCACCUCACCCCUCUGCAUCGGUUGUCCCAAGCUUAGCUUUUUUCCCUCUGAAGGAAUAGACUCGUGGACUGAAAGUGAACUGGGAACACACACCAUACAGUCUGUAAAGCGACUGCAGUUGCGGUCACCACAUUAGUCCCCACCAUUACCAUGUCACUGAGCUCUUGAGCGCUCUCUGUCGUUUAGCAGGCCUCAACUGCUCUACUGGCUCAGCCCAAGUAAUACACUUUGGCAAUGGGCCAUUUGCUCAGAAUCACAUUCAUCUCUUGGUAUCCUGUUUUGAGUUUUAAGGUUUUAGAUCUGGAGAAAAAGAAGAGACUUUAACAAAGCAGUAAGAAAGGAAAAAUGAACAAUCAGGUUUGUCUCUGUGACAUUAGACUGCUUUGCUGACUCUGGUUUAUAAGACGGGAGAUGAAAUCAUUGAAAUAAACCAAAUACAACACCG